AUGGCACUAGCCGAGUGCUCCCACUUAUCUACAUUGAAUCUGGUAAUAAUGGACAAAUUCAAGUCCCUGGCUCGAGAUAAAGCAGUGCAAACACUGCCUUUCCCGAAGACCCCGUCAGUGACGACGAUGACGCCGUCAAAAACAGGCGCCCCAUGGACCCAUUCACCACCUUAUCGGCUGCGGCAAUGUUUCUCGUCACCAUCACCUUACAGCCAAUUGCCAGCCUGA